AUGGUUGGCAAGGGAAAAGUGCAUAAUACUUUGGGAGAAGUACUUCACCACCAGCCGCUCCCUACUGGAUAUUUGAAAGUAUCAAUUGAUAUUUCUUUAGAGGGAGGUGCAUUAUUACCAAUACUAGACAAUGUUUCUGAUGCAACAUUGUUGGGAGAGGCAAUAGGUGCGUAUGUUGCAUGGUCGUCAAGCCUCAUUCGCGUAGAUGAUGAGACUCCUACAAAACCCAAAUCAAAAGAUAAGGGGAUUACGCGGAAAACCGAGUCAGUUGCAUCAAAAAAAGAGAUUCAUGCUAAAGAGAUUGAACAAGUCAGUAGGGGUAAUAAGCCUGAAAUUAGCAACAUUUCCACACGAAAAAAGGUUGAUGCUAAGAAGGCCACGGCUAGCAAAAAACCUAUUUCUCAAGAGGAUAUGGAUCAAGUUUUUAAACAUUUGCAAUUAGGCCUCGGUGUUAUCGAUAUAUACAUCAGGUUUAUGUAUGAAAAAGUGAUGCGGUCGCGUGGAUUGGAAGAAAGAUUCGCUUUCUUAUCUCCCAACACUAUCAAUGCUAGCGUUCUACAAGCUUUUCAAUCACAAAGAGAUAUUCAAGUACCUAAGAGUAGAGCCAACAACAUUACAUGGUUAAGAGUGCAGGUUAUAGGUGCAGAUGUAAAAGAUAGAGCUAACAAGUUCAUUGUUGUUGUUUUUUAG